AUGCCUGCGUCUACCACUGUCCUUCUCCCUGAUGGUUACACGCUCAAUGUAACCCCAGUUUUUGGAGGAUACUCCUUUAAGAGUAGUAAAAUCGGCGAUGGCAACCUUCUGCCACCAGGGUGGUCAAUCGUUAUAAACACCCUGCGCGACCCUAAGGCUUCUAAAGCCGAGGAAGCCUCCAAGUCGGAUUUCGAUGAAACUCCCCAAAACGAAGACGAGAAUCCAUUCGACUGGGAGUCAAGCCGUUAUACCCACCCGACGCUAAACAGCGACUAUAUCUUCAUAUCAUCAAUCCACCUUCCUUCAAGCAAAGCUAUUAUACCAAAAUCUAUCGCAACAUGUCAAAUUGCGCUGAUUCUUUGGUCAACGUUAUACUGGUACUUCCACCAAGCGGCCCCGAACAACCGUGUCACAAACGACAAGUCAGUCACAGUCCCGGAGCGUGCUCGACCAAAGGGGGAAUGGCAGGUGCAUAUUAGGCAUGAAGGAGUUCUUAAGGGUCGGAAUUUAUUGCUCAAAUUUGAGAGAAUGGGUCUGGUUACAACGGAGAACUCAGUUGUUGGCCUCGAAGAUCCCAAUGGCCCUCCUGAAGACCUAGACAUGUUUGUCAGCCGUAGGAGUUUUUGGCAGAUUGAUCCUCAUAUCUUUCUCUUCUCGCUGACACCAGAUAUGACACUGAAGUCAGAAUCACCAUGCUGUUCAGGGACCACCUCCCCGUCUCGAGCAGAGAGUUACAACGGCGGAGACCGAAACAACCGAAGGACCGCUUCCCCUUCACCGUUGGGCUCAUUUUACUCAAGUGGCCAUGUACCGUCCUAUUUCCCUCCAUCACCGGCCCAAUGGGUCAUGCUCGAUGGGUGGCUUCGGCAUCCAAUCCGCCAAAAGCCUCCUCGCCAGGGUGAAACAUUUUACAUCCGCCACAUUCCUAGUCUGCAGAAAACGCUGUCGUUUAGAGUCCCAAUUCUCUCUGCAAAUUCACCUGAUACCGAGGAGAAUGCGAUAGGUCGACACCGUAGGGCACUAUACAUCAGCCGUAAUAAUAUGUCUGAGGGCAUCAAAUCCUUGGUACUCAAACCUGGAAGAUCAGAUCUUGAAUUGUUGCAUACAAUAUUAAACAGUCAGAAAGCCAAGGAAACAUGGGAUUCUGGUGGCCCUAUUGAUAUCCAAGAGGAAUUUAUUAAGGCUCGUCUUACCUCGAAGAACCUAUUUCCUGCAAUAGGAUGUUGGAACGGCAAGCCGUUUGGCUAUUUUGAAAUAUUCUGGGUCAAGGAGGGCUCGGUAAAGCGACCCUUGCCUGUCAUGGUUGACGAUUUUGACCGCGGCCUUCGAUGUGUGGUUUUAGACGAAGAAGAUAAGAGGCCUCAUCAAACCCAGGUAUGGCUUAAUGCACUUAUUCAUUAUUGUUUUUUGGCGGAUAACAGAACCCAGGCUAUUACCAUCGGGCCCAGAAUUGAUGACGAAGAGUAUCUUUCUAGCCUUAUCGAAGCGGGUUUCUAUAAGGAAGGAGAGUUUGCUCUCCCAAACAAACAAUGUGCUAUAAUGAGGCUCAAGAGAGACAACUGGGAGGCUCCAACGCUUUGA